AUGGCUUCCUCGGCGCCUCAAUCUCCCGCUCACCGAGAUGGCAGUUCUUACUUCGAAUCCACCCCAGGUCAGCACCCAUCUCCUUCUAAGCUUCUGCGGCUUCACCACCUCUUCAUGGAUCGAGCAGCAUCGCUGCCGCCUCGGAGGCUCUCGUCGCCAGCCAAAAAGACGCCGCAAAUCAGACCUCGGCUUACCCAAUACUACACGCUGGAUCACGCUGUCUCGCUUUUCAAGUCAUCCAGAAAUAUCAUCGUCUUGACUGGUGCGGGUAUUUCGACUUCUCUGGGCGUGCCCGACUUUCGUAGCGCGAACGGCGUGUACAACCUCCUAGUGGACUCGGUAUACGAUGAUCCACAAGAACUCUUCCACAUCGAGAACUUCAAGGCCGACCCGGAAGAAUUCUUCAAGCAGGCCGCAAAGGUGUUCCCCAAGAUGCAGGGGCUCGUGGCGCCAAAUGGCGGCACUGCUCCUCCGUCGGUGCCGAAAUUCAGUCCGACGCACGCUUUCAUUGCCAUGCUACAAGCCAAGGGCAAGUUAUUGACGAAUUACACUCAAAACAUCGAUGGCCUCGAGGUCGCCGCUGGUGUGUCGCAAUCCAAACUGAUCCAGUGCCACGGGACACUGGGAACAGCCACAUGCAUGAGCUGCGGCAAGAGAGUCACAGCACGGAAGUACAUGCCUGUGGUCCAAGCGGGAGGUGUGCCCUACUGCAAAUGCUCGCUCCAAGACGGCGGACCGAAAUCCCGGAACACCAAGCAGCGCGGGCGGACGGGCAGAAAGAAGCGGAAACGAGACGAAUACGAAGACAGCGACUCCGAAGAGUCCAACGGAAGGGCUAGUAGUUUCCCUAAAGGUCUGCUCAAACCCGACAUGACGUUCUUCGGCGAAGAAAUUGCAGACUCUUACGCUCCUCGUCUAAAGCUGGACAAAAGUAAGGUAGACUUGCUCGUUAUCAUCGGCACGUCGCUCAAAGUCGAACCCGUCAACGAAAUGCUCCUCAACAUCCCCCCCACGGUCCCUCAAAUCUGGAUCAGCAAGGACCGAUGCCAACGAGAGGGUGUCAAGGUGGACAUUGAAUUGCUAGGCGAGUGCGACUUGAUCCUCGAGGAGAUUGCACGGCGCGCAGGCUGGGAGGACGCACUUAGCGAAAGACUAUGGACAGGCGGCAAGGCAUCCGAAUCGGAUUCGAAAUCGAAACCAUCCCAAGGAAAGUCGCCAGAUCGAAGCCACGAGACGACUCGACCCAAGCGGGAUGAUGAUAGCACCUCUCCAAUGAAUGUGAAGCCCGAGCGGCCUUUGCAAAUCCGACAGAAAUCAAACGAGUCCGCCAGCCUGACCAUGAAAGCGUCAUCUGGUACUGUCAUCAAAGUGGGCGGUGAAGCGAUUUCGCCAACAGCUGGAGCGGGAAACGCACCCAACUCGGACGGCCAGCUGGCAGAAAACCGGCCGAAUCCAACCGGCCAGGUGGUAGAAGUGCCACUCCACAGCCCAGCUGAAAUCAAGUCUGAGAAAGGGUCCACGUCUGUUAAGAUUGAUCCGUCGGGGAAAAAUCGACUCAUUGACAAGAAGAAAGAAGACAAGAGAUCACCCAGCCUGAAGCAGCAACCGAAAGCUUCUUGUUCACCACCGAAGGUCGGCGUCGAGCUCGAGGAAGGCACGCGAAAUCGGUGGUAUGUCAGACGGGCAAAGUGA